AUGCGGGCAGCGGCGCCCGGCGCACCGCGCUCCCACCGCUCUUCCCCGAGCCGCGGCCCGGCCGCCCUGGACGGACGCUCGCGCGGACCGCAGACCCGCCGAUCCCGGAGGGCGAACCCAGCCCGAGCCCGGGAGGACAAGGGGACCGACGCCCGGCGGCAGCGCCCCGUGGAAGACGAGCAGCAGCUGCCGCGCAGCCGGCGAGAGCCGGCCCGAGUCCGCCCGCCAGGCCCCGCCCCCUCUAGGCCGCGCCCCCGGACAGAGCCCCGCCCCCAGGCAGAGCCCGCGCAGCCAGGCCCCGCCCCUGGGCAGAACUCGCUACAGCCAGGCCCCGCCCCCAGGCAGAGCCAGACCCCGCCAGACCGCUCCUCCCCCGAAAAGAACCCGCCCCCGCCCCGCCAGGCCUCCCCGCCCCGGACCACGGCCCCGCCCCGCAAGCCCCACCCACUUCAGGCCCCCUCCCUGGACAGAGCCAUUGGCCCAGGCCCCGCCCCCAAACAGACCCCGUCCUCGGAUAGAUCACAGCCCCGCCCCAGGCCAGGCUGA